AUGGCUUUGAGGCACACGGUCCUGCUUUUCUUCUUCGUCUUUUGUUCUGACUGCGCCUGCGGACAGAUCACUUAUUCUAUUCCCGAGGAAAUGGCGAAAGGGUCGAUGAUCGGAAAUAUCGCGCAGGAUUUGGGUUUGGAUUUAAAAAGACUGAAAACGGGGAAAGCGCGAAUUUAUACAGGAGGCAGCACGGAAUAUGUCGAACUGAACAGAGAAAAUGGAUUGCUUCUGAUUAAAGGGAAAAUAGACCGGGAGUCUCUGUGCGCAAAAAUAACUCCAUGCGCUCUGCAUCUCCAGAUGAUUCUGGAAAACCCGAUGGAGUUAUAUUCUGUUACCGUGGAGAUCACGGACAUCAACGACAAUGCUCCUAAUUUCCAGAACAAUGAAAUGAGGUUUGAAAUAAGCGAGUCAGCAAUGAUCGGUGCCAGAUUCGUGCUGGGUAAAGCUACUGACCCGGAUGUUGGGACAAACGGACUGCGGAGCUAUUCCCUUCAACCCAGGGAUAAUUUUGUAUUAAAUGAAGAAUCAGGCGGUGAGAAGAAUGUAGAGAUGAUUUUGCAAAAACCCCUUGAUCGAGAAAAGGAAGGACAAAUUAAUUUGUUGUUGACAGCGUUUGAUGGUGGUGAGUCUCGUCUGUCAGGAACAAUGCAAAUAUACAUAACAGUCGUGGAUGCUAACGACAAUCCUCCUGUAUUUACUCAAAAAGUGUAUAAAGCUACAAUAACGGAAAAUGAAAUAAAGGACACCAAAGUGAUAACAGUAAGUGCUUCUGACGCAGAUGAAGGCUCCAAUGGUCAAGUGUCUUAUUACAUUUCUGACGCAGUGGACAGAUCUGUGGCUAAUAUUUUUGUUGUAAAGAAGGAAAGUGGAGAAAUUACAUUAAACGGCCAGAUUGAUUAUGAAAAAUCAAACAUUUACCAGCUUGAUAUUCAGGCCAGAGACCAAGGAGGACUCUCUGACACAUGUAAGGUAAUUAUUGAUGUGCUGGACAUUAAUGAUAAUAAGCCAACUAUUGACAUUAUAUCUAUGUCCAGUUCUACAUCUGAAAUGUCCACAAUAAACACCGUCAUUGCCAUGUUGAAGGUAAAUGAUCUGGAUUCGGGUGCAAAUGGACAAGUUCACUGUGAUAUCAAUGACAAUAUUCCAUUUGCAAUAGUAUCUCAGUCAAAUAAUUUCUUUAGUCUGCGUACAGAUCAGGAAUUAGACAGAGAGAGAGAAGCUGAGUAUAACAUCAGUGUGACUUGCUCUGAUGAGGGAGUUCCCUCACUCUCCAGCAGCACUUCUCUCCAUUUACACAUAUCAGAUGUAAAUGACAACACACCUGUUUUUGAGAGAAAUCAUUACGAGGCCUAUGUGGUGGAGAACAACAGACCAGGUCUCUCUGUAUUCACAGUGAAGGCCAGUGAUGCAGACUCCAACCAGAAUGCUCGAGUUGCUUAUAUUUUAGAAGACAGCACUGUCAGUGGAGUUCCUGUAUCAUCCUAUGUGUCAGUCAGUGCUGAUAGUGGAGUCAUUAAUGCCGUGCGCUCUUUCGACUACGAGCAGUUAAAGGACUUCCUUUUCCAGGUCAGAGCGCAGGACGGAGGCUCCCCUCCACUCAGUAGUAACGUGACAGUGAAGAUUACAAUCCAAGAUCAGAAUGACAACGCUCCUCAGGUUCUCUACCCAGUACAGACUGGUGGCUCUGUGGUGGCUGAGAUCGUGCCUCGUUCAGCAGAUGUCGGCUAUCUGGUCACUAAAGUGGUGGCUGUUGAUGUGGACUCUGGACAGAAUGCCUGGCUCUCCUACAAACUCCAGAAAGCCACAGACAGGGCGCUGUUUGAAGUGGGAGCGCAGAAUGGAGAGAUACGGACUGUGCGCCAGGUCACUGAUAAAGAUGCUGUGAAACAAAAGCUGACUGUAGUUGUGGAGGAUAACGGACAGCCAUCUCGCUCAGCUGUAGUCAACAUCAAUGUAGCUGUAGCGGACUCUUUCCCUGAAGUGCUCUCAGAAUUCACCGACUUUACGCACGCCAAACAAUAUAACGAUGACCUCACCUUUUAUUUAGUUUUAGCAUUAGCUGCUGUCUCUUUCCUUUUCAUCACAACUGUAGUAGUUAUAAUAUCAGUAAAGAUCUACAGGUGGAGACAAUCGCGCAUCUUCUAUCAGUCCAAUCUCCCAGUUAUUCCGUACUAUCCACCCGGUUAUGCAGACACAGGAGUUACUGGAACUCUGCCGCAAAGGUAUCAUUAUGAUGCUUGUAUGACGACUGACUCGAGGAAGAGUGACUGUAAAUAUUCUACACUUGGAGGACAAAGUAUUUUAGUGAUGGACCCGAGUUUUACAGAAACUAUGCAGCGCGCAAUGAAGGAAAAUAUUCUCAUUGAAGACCCUGACUGUCUUGACCUGGUAAGUUGA